CAAUCGGUUUCUCCGACUCUUUGGUCGGACAGGCAUAAUCAUGGAGAGAAUUCAAGUAUCCGUGAGGGCAAGACCGUUAUCUCCAGAGGAUGCCAAGAACAGCCCAUGGCGAAUUUCGGGAAAUUCAAUAUUUUUGCCUAAUCAGACUUCCUGCAAGUUCGAAUUUGAUCGAGUUUUUGAGGAGAAAUGCAAAACUGCGGAGGUUUAUCUCGCUCGAACUAAGGACUUGGUCGCUGCUGCAGUUCGUGGGUUUAAUGGGACUGUUUUUGCAUAUGGACAAACAAGUAGUGGUAAAACCCAUACGAUGCGCGGGUCAGCUUCCGAGCCUGGAGUCAUUCCUCUUGCUGUGUAUGAUUUGUUCAAAACUAUACAUGAGGAAGUGGAUCGAGAAUUUCUUUUACGGAUGUCAUAUAUGGAGAUCUACAAUGAGGAAAUCAAUGAUCUCUUAGCUCCUGAGCACCGAAAACUGCAAAUACAUGAAAGCAUUGAGAGGGGAAUAUUUGUUGCUGGUUUAAGAGAAGAAAUUGUGGCCUCCACUGAGCAAGUUUUGGGGCUUAUGGAGUUUGGUGAAUCUCAUCGUCACAUUGGAGAGACAAAUAUGAAUGUGUACAGCAGUAGAUCACAUACAAUAUUCCGCAUGAUAAUCGAGAGUAGGGAGAAAAAUGAAGAUGCAGAUUCAGACAAUACAUGCGAUGCUGUCCGUGUAUCUGUUCUGAACUUGGUGGACUUGGCUGGUUCAGAACGUGCUGCAAAGACUGGAGCGGAAGGAGUUCGUCUUAAAGAGGGCUCUCACAUCAACAAAAGCCUGAUGACAUUAGGAACUGUGAUAAAGAAACUGAGUGAAGGUGUUGAGAGCCAAGGUGGCCAUGUUCCCUAUCGAGAUAGCAAGCUCACACGUAUUCUACAGCCUGCACUGGGUGGAAAUGCCAAUACUGCCAUCAUAUGCAAUAUUACACUUGCACAGACUCAUGCUGAUGAGACUAAAAGUAGUCUUCAAUUCGCUAGUAGAGCAUUACAUGUAACAAACUGUGUUCAUGUGAAUGAGAUACUGACUGAUGCUGCUUUGCUAAAACGUCAAAAGAAGGAGAUAGAAGAGCUUCGGGCCAAAUUGCUGGAUUCCCAUUCAGAGCAUCUUGAAGAGGAGAUUCUCAGUCUACGCAAUGCUUUAUUGAAGGCUGAGCUUGAGAGGGAAAGAAUGGCUCUAGAGUUGGAGGAGGAAAAGAAAGCCCAGGCUGAGCGUGAGAGAAGAUUGCAGGAACAAGCCAAGAAAAUUGAGAAUUUGAGUUCUAUGGUUUUGUGCUCUAAUAAGAAUGAGAAUCAUGACAUCUACAAGAAGGAGAAGCGGCGUGAGACUUGGUGCCCUGGGAAACUCUCUAGGGAGACUACCUAUGAGCUGAACUCUAAAGAUGAAGAGAAGUCUUUGGUGAAACCUGGAAGAGUAGAAUGUUUCUCGGGACCGCUGCUACCUUUUGAAGAACUAGAUGAAGCUGGCGCAGUUGAAUCUUGCAAGGAAGAAGAACACAACAAAAAUGAUUUGCAGGAAGACUUUAUAUUUCCUAAUCCACUCGCUUUAUUGCACGUCACCAGCAGGAGGAAAUUACCAACCAGAAAGAAGAGCUUGCCAAUAGAGAACAGUGAACUGGAAGAAAUUCAAGCAGAAUAUGAAGAUUUGCUUAUAAAAUUUGAAACUGAGAGAAUCAUGAGUGAGAUACAGCAAGAUUACUUGAGAAGAAGGCUUGUUGAGGCUGAUCUCUCUCAGGAGGAGAAAUUUAAGGAGAGUUUUGCUGAGAACAAGACAUGCAAAGCUCAUGGAUGUGCUAGCGAUAAGUUGAGUGAGUCGGAAGCCAUUCUUGUAAUCAAACAACUUCAAGAAAAGAUCACAAUGUUAGAGAUGGAGAAAUCAUCAAGCCAACAAAAUUUGGAUUGUGUUAUUGAGUUAGCAACUGAGCAGACAAUAUCCGCCAAGGAGAAAUAUGAUGAGCUUUAUGCAGAACUCCUGGAUGCUCAAAAGGAGGUGAAGUUAGCCAAUGAGCAACUCAAUUUAAUGCCAUCAACAAGAGUGGACAGCUUUGAUUCCUUUACAAAACCAUUGAUUGAUAUCCAAGAAUUGGUGUUGGAAAUUGAGAACUCGAGAGACAAUGUUCAAUUUGUCUCUUCAGAUUUUGAUGCUGCUUUCAAAUACUUGUCUGCUGUCACAGACCUCUUAGCAGAUCUUAGGACUUUAGCUCUCCAGACUUCGCUUGACAUGAAAACAAUAUUCAGAGAUUAUAAGAAGUUAAAAUCUUACUUGGAGAUCAAGGUCGAUAGGCUUGAGAUUGAGAAGAUUACUCUGUCGAACCAGUCUUUGGAUCUCCAAAAUCAGAUAGCAGAGUUGAACUCUAAUGCUCAGAAUUCUGCCAUUGCAUUAUUGGAGAUCUCGAAACAAAAUGAAGCCGAAAAGUCUGAACUUCUUUCUCAAAUCCAAGUUCUGCAGAAGGAGAUAUCUUGCUUAUCAUCUUCCUCCUUGACUAGGGAAAAAGAAAGCAUAAGAAAAGAUUUGGUGAAAACAAAUGCCAAGUUGAGAGACACAGAAUCCAAGUUAAAGAAUGCCAUCCAGGAAAAGACAAAACUUGAGGGUGAAAAAGCAUGUGCAGAAAGGGAAAACAAACUAUUGCGUGGUCAGAAGGCAAUUCUUGAGCGCGAUAUCAGCAAACAUGAUUCAGUUGUUGGCAAAAAGCGUGAUUCAAUCAUUGACCGGAGCUCGAAUUUGUUCGAUCCAAAGAGAGGAAGGGGUCUUGCAAUAGCUGUUGAGCAGGAGGAGUAUAAGAGGCUAGAAGUGCUUGCAUUUGAGAUGGAAAUGACCAUUGCUUCUCUGGAGGAGGAAUUACAGGUCACACGUGGAGAAAAAGAAGAGGCUAUUUUGAAAGCUGAAAGUUUGGCUUCCGAGUUACAUGCCUUAUCAGAAGAGUUAAACAUGACAAAUGUGGAACUGGCUGCAUUGAAGGAAGAAGUUACAUGCCUUGAAUCAAGUCUGGAGGAAUACAAGUCUCAAAAUCAGAAUUUGAAAGUAUCUGUUGAUAUGAUGAUUCAGGAAAAGGAAGAGUUGACAAUGCAACUCACUGAUGCCCUUUUGCUAACUGAGGAGGGGAAGGCAAUAUGGUCUGCAAAAGAAAAGGCUUCAAUUGUAGCCAUUGAAGAAAAGUCAAGAUUGUAUAAUGCUGAGAUUGCCUUGUUACUACAUGAAAUGUCAGCGGUUAAAAAGGAGCUGGACUUUUCUAGUAAGCAAUGCAAGUUCAUUGAGGACAGAUUGAUGCUUUCAGAGAAAGAUUUAGAGUUGGAGAAGAAAUACAGUGCAGAGAAAUCAUUGGAGAUUGAUAAGCUCAGAGAAGAUUUACUGACUUCUGAUGAUCAAAGUAAAAGGACUCAGGAGACUCUAAGUUUACAACUGGAAAAGCUUCAAAUGGAGUUAGUUAAGCUCAGGAAACAAAAAGAAGACCCGUUAGCUCAGUUGGGCGAGUUUGAUGCUAGGUCACUUCCUUCGAAAGAACUUCAGGUGGAGGAAUUGAGCGGGAGAUUGUCUAGUCUGGAAGCCAAAAUAAACAAGGAUGAAGUCAUCAACAACAAGGAAAAAGCAAAGCUCAGGAUGAGACUUCGGUAUACACAACUUAAACUGGAGGUGUGUCGAACUAGACACAAGGAGGCCUUGGAUGAGUUGGAUCUUAUGAACAAGAAGUAUGAAGCAGCAUCAACAAAAUUGAAGAAUCAAUUAGCUUCUUACGGGAUUGAAGUCCUGAACCUGAAGAAACAGCUUGCUGCUGUGAAGGAACACUGAAUGAUUCAGCUGUUCUGUUCUGUAGGAUGUUUUAGAUUGCUAAAACAUUGCUAGAAGUUGACAGUUUGAAUCAGAUUAGCUUUUUGUAUAGUGUGUAGGAAAAUUUUUUGAUUUAUCAGAUCAGAAUCAUAGGUUGUGCAUCUUUCACAACCUUAGAACUUCCUGCCCAUGUGUUAAGAGCAUUGGGUAAAAUAUCAUCACCUUCUGUUAUGAACUUCCACCUUUUUGAUUUGGUCUCCCCUUCAUCAUUUGGCUGGGCCCUUCUUUCAUCUGCUUGA